AUGUGGCGCGUCUUCGCUCUCACGGGCGGAGAGUACAUUGUCGCGGAGGAAUUUGACGACAUGCCGCAGCCGGAGACGAUCUCUUCAUGCGUCAGGGCCGCCGCCAAUGCCAGCAUGCAGAAGAACAAGACCAAGACGCCGCAAGCAUCUGAGGCAGACGCCCAGUUUUUGAAAGUGCUUGCGCUGUGUGCCGCCGCUUUCGCUGCGGUUUACUAUGCGCUGGCCGCCGCGCAGCGGACGUGAGCAUGCACGAUUGAAGAAGCGAAAAGUCGAUUUAUUUUAGAUAUUUGACCUAAAUUUAACGGAUUUUCCACACUUUUCACUG